AUGAACACCGAUCGAGAUGAUAUACCUACCGAGUCUGGUGACCGAGGACCGUCAAACAGCGAGACUAGGUCAAACGAUGAUGACGUGAAGGGUCAUUCCCUAGAUGAUGACAUACAACAGCAUGAACUGUUCCAAUACAAUGAAACAUCAGAUCUAAGCUCGAAGGAUAAAUCUAUCGAGGUGUCAUCUCAAUGCCAGAACGAGAUUGCCCAACCACAUCCUAUCAACCCUCUAAACCUCCAUCUCGUCUCCCAUCCCUCACGCGGACGAGGGGUCUUUGCUCCGACUAUCAUCCCUGCUGGAACAUUGAUUGAGGAAUCUCCCGUACUGGUUAUCACCCAGAGGGAAUGGGAGGAAGGAAAGAUGAAUGAUAGUGUAUUGGGAAGUUAUGGGUUUUGUUGGAGGGAUGGUGGGAUGGGUAUAGGUCUAGGAUUGGCAUCACUAUUCAAUCAUUCUUCCUCACCAAACGUAAAUUUCAUACGACAAUUCUCAAAUUCAACGAUAAAGUUCAUCACGACUAAAAAAAUAGAAAAGGGAGAAGAGUUAUGUAUAUGUUAUUCCGCGGAUGAAUCGAAAUUGUGGUUUGUCAAAUCGGAUCAGGCCGUCAACCCAACAAAUAGUCAAGACGAAAUGGUUUCCUCGGAAGAAGAAGAAGAAGAAGAAGGUAUGGAGGGAUUUUUCUCAAAGAUCGAUCUGGAUGAAGAAGAUUUAGUAAAUGAAGAUGGGAUCGCUCAGAAGAAAGAACGGGAAAGGAGGUUAGAAGCUUCUCAAGUUAGGGAUGUAAAUGGUCAAUUGAUCAAACGCAAAAAGAAAUACACCCCUACCUCUAAUCUGAUUUCUCCUCAACCUAUACCUUUUUCAAAUAAUGCAAUUGCAGGUCCAAGUACCAGCACGCCUGCUUCUGCAACAUCAUCUAGAACAUCUACACCUUCUUCAUCAUCUAUAUAUCCCGAAGCUUCCUCUGGAAUAAUCACGAGCUUGCCACCACCUCUACAUUCUACUAAGACCGAUCCGAAAUCAAUUGAUGGGAGGUAUAUGGAAUUGACGGAUGAAUUAGAUUGGGAUGAAGAAUAUUGGACGGAUACUGCUCCUUAUCCCACUGGAGAAGGGAGGGAAGAUGAGUUUGCAGAGUUUAUAAGGAUCAAGGGACCUGCGGAGAGGGAAGAUGAAGUGGAUCAAGAUGGGACAAUGGAAAUCUGGACAUUGGAAUUCACGGAUCCCAGGUUGACGCGCACGGCUCUUGACUUUUCGAAAGAGCUGACAGCGACGGACGAACGGCUGCGGCAUCUUAAGCGAGUAUGUAGAAGGAAAGAAAAUGAUCAAGAAAUCUGCCGAAUUGUCCUUGCCAUGGUCACAGAAUAUGAACAAUCAACCUUACAAACCAUCAUGGCCUCUUACUCCCCCACUCUCUCCCAUCUCACCCCCGCAGUGCACAUCGUCCCUUCCUCCAUUGCCAGGACACAGGAACAGAUGAAGGUGAAAUCACAUAUAUGGCCCGUCUCAUUCCAACCUACACCUGUUAUACCUAUCGAUUCCUGGGAUUGGCCUAUAGGACGCAAAGCAUGGGUCACAUCGGGCAUCAAGCGAGUGCUCUCCUUGGCACUGGAAGCCAAAUCCAAAGGUGAACUACCAAUUGCGGCCUAUUGUACAGCUCAACCAUCACAUUUCUGGCCGAAGAAAGAAGAAGGUUUUAUACCUCCUACAGAAGGUCUGAGAGCUUCAAGUAACGAUACGAGAGUAUCUGAUAAUCAUCCAUUACGACAUUCCGCCCUGAAUUGUAUCAAGUUUAUCGCAUACCUCAGAACGAUCCCUCCAUUUACUGAAAUUACACCAACAAGGAAUGGAGCGGAUUACCUCCUGACUUCGCUGAGCUUGUUCAUAACGCACGAACCAUGUGUGAUGUGCUGUAUGGCCUUACUUCAUUCGAGGGUAAAGGAGGUUUUCUACGUAUUUGAUAGAUCACACGGAGGUGGGUUUUCAGGAAGUGGUUUGGGGAUAAAUGCAAGAAACGAUCUGAAUCAUAAGUUUCAUGCUUGGAAAUAUGAUGGGACGGUCGAUGAGAGGACGAAGGAGUUGUUGAAGUUUGAUGAGGAUAUACAGGUAUAG